AUGUUAGUAUGUUGGUGUACAAAUAUUCCUGUCGAGAAAUUUGUUGAUGAAGUGCACGCUACAAGGCACAAUGGUGGCACCGGCACUCACACAAAAAUCAUACCGCAAACUCACUAUCCACGCGCCCUUGGAUCGCCUGAUACACUGAUGUUUCUUUGCUUAAAGUAUUUUCAUGUUGAAUAUCAAUUUUAUGAACUGAUGCGUGGUGUAGGCGCACAUAAUUUACCAAGCUUUCUGCUAUCACUGAAAUUGGGUCAAUAUUGGUUGUGUUUGCGUUUUGCUUGUCUAUUUUAUAAGCGUUUUAAUGAGGCGCUCAAGCAACGCCUAGGAACACGUCACAACGUUUUGCUUAGCUCAUCCCGAUUGGAAGAAAGCAGCGAGUGCUCUAGAAAAUUUGACUCUCAUAUGCCUUAUGUUACAGAGUUUGCAUGGUAUAAGCGUGAGUUCUGCAAUUCAUAUUCGGAUAUCCGUAGUGAUUACGAGAUUUUGGAAUUCAUACGCCGUCUAUACUCGGACUUGGAUGCGCUAAUGGAGCAAGUGGCUAAUAUUUUCGGUUUCAUAUUGUUGCUUCACAUUUUGGGUUCACUUUUUGCUUUAUCCAUUUAUGUUUUUGAGAUUUACAAAAGUUUUCACACUUCUGAGCCGGGCAAAAUACUUUGGCAACUACAACAUUUGGCCCGCAUUUUCUUAAUACUAAUCGCAAAUAAUGCAAUUGUAGAGGAGAAGUGUCGCACUCCACUUGUGCUUAAUGAGAUAAAAAUUGCAACGGAAGAUAUGGAACAUGCUAUCAAUCGCUUUCUAUUACAAAUGAUGGCACGAAAGCCAACGGAAAUGGCGUGCGGUGUAGUUGAGUUGGAUUUGUUGCUGCUUACAGGGAUUUUAUGUACAGUAACCAACUGUGUAAUGUUUCUCAUACAGAUUGAUCUAAGCAAUAAUUCAUUUGAGAAAAUGAAUAACGAUUUUGUGACAGCAAAUAAUACAAAUUGAUCUGGUAUAAUGUAAUCCUCUACGUUAGU